CCACCAUGCACUCUCUGCUGAAAUAUUUGGAUUCCGAGAGCUUGAGCUACGCUUCUGCGUCUGCUAUCCAGUAACAACUGGCUUUCCUUUGUGGAUUCAUGAUAAGCUAGUAAGGUGGAUAUUCGCCUUAAAGCAAGUUCAUCCAGAGGUAUUCGAGCAAUUUUGAAUAGGCCUAUUUGCGAAAUGAUAUUUCCUUGGGAUGAAAAACAGGAACCGUUCUUUCCGAUCUUGAACUUUUUGGUAGUGUUGAAAGAGUUCGGAUACCGAUGAUUCUAAUUCCUUAUAUUGAAGAGAGCACAUAUAGCGCUUACAACUUCGACGCUGUGCUCACGGAGCGGAGGGACAAGAUGUGGUGGCAGGGCUCAAGGCCGUUGCUGAGACAUAUUCAAGCGCUGGAGACGUACGCUCUCAACGAUAUAGCAAUCAACAUUAUCCUCUUCGAGGAUGAUUUCAGGAAGCUUGGCAAUAGGUACGAGCAUUUUCCCGAUCCAAACGCCACACAGACAUGGAGCUGCGAAUUGUCCUAUCUCGAGGCCUUUAGACUGCAAUUUGAGCGUGUGCAGUUUAUCCUAAUGGAUUCUAAAUUGCGGAAUUGCGAAACCUCGGACAUAUUUGCGUCAGUAUUAAGAGCGUAUACCAUCGCAGUUCCAUUGGUGCAUCAAGAACUCGUCCGGGUGGCAAAGAUGUUUGUUGAAGAUGAGAGCUGGAUUCUGAAAGAUUGGGUUGAGGAUGGUAGUUGGCCAGGCUGGCAUUUGAAAGUAAACGUGAUACGAAUGGCGAAAGAAAAGAACUAUGGAGCAUCAAGGCUUCAAGCGUUGGGGUCCCAUUUUCGAUGGCAAGGAGUAAACGCCGCUCCUGGAUCCGGGAGAUGGGUUGUUAAGGUGGAUUUCCAGAAGGCGGGCAAGAAACAUUCAGGGCCGUCCCAAAAUUUCCCAUGGGAAUCAUCGACCAGCCAAUCGUGAGAUAAGGCAG